AUGGCCACCACGACCCGCGCGCUCCUCCAGCUCUGCCCACGCCAGGCGCUCUGCCGCCGCGGCUACGCCACCGUCCGCCAGGACCUGCACGGCCUCUACAACCUCCCCAAGCCACCGACUGCCCGGCGCCGCUGGAUGCUCGGCGCGGGCGGCGUCGGCCUCGUCGCGCUAGUCUACCUGAUCGCCAACGAGCCCGCCCACAAGACCGAAGCGCCUGCACCAGCAACCGCCGGCUUCGAUCCUGCCACACCCGUCGCCCUGCAGCUCGGCGACGGCCUCGUCGACUCGGGCACUACCAGCGUCCCGCCGUUCCCCACCCGCGUCACUGCCCCCGACAAUGCCGAGUACGCGCUGCUCGGCCUCGGGAUCAGGACUGUCAGCUUCCUCAGCAUCCAGGUGUAUGUCGUCGGUUUCUACGUGCAUGUUGAUGACCUGGCGGCGGUGCAGACUGCGCUCGUGCGCAGGGUUGAUCCGACAGCGAGCUCGAUCACCGCGCUGGAGAAGGAGGAGCUCAGGAAGCGCCUGCUUGAUCCCGUCGAGGGCGAGAAGCUGUGGGAGGAGGUGCUCGCCGGCGGCGCGCAGUUCCGGAGCUUGUUCAGGAUCGUGCCGACGAGGAAUACUGACUUCCAGCACCUCCGCGACGGCUGGGUCCGCGGGAUCCAAGCGCGCUCGACCAAGAAUGAAUCGUACGACGACGACGCCUUCACGGCCGCGCUGGCAGAGUUCAAGGCGCUGUUUGGCGGCGCGUUCAAGAAGAGCGUGCCCAAGCAGAAGACGCUGCUGCUGGCACGGGACGCGGCCGGCGUGUUCGGUGUGUACUACGAUCCGACGGGUCGCAACGAUGGUAAGCUCGGCGGGAAGGGUGAGGAGCAGACGGUGCAGAAUUUGGGUAGCAUUAGGGAUCCGCGCGUGGCUAAGGCCCUGUGGCUCUGUUACCUGGCAGGUGCGAAGCCCGCCAGUGAGCCGGCAAGAAAGAGCAUCAUCGAGGGCGUGUUGGCGCUGGCGUCGAGGCCCGCGGCGACGUUGGGGGUGUAAAGUAAAACAAAAUUGGGGAUUGUGGGCUGGCUGGCUGUUUAUACGUGUACAUUCAUACCGGAG